AGGAGGGCCGUCAGCUUAAAUCUUCUGUCGGUCAUUAAAACGCAUCCAAAACUGGAGGCGCACUGAUCCUACAAAUCAUCCUUGCUUGUCCAUACAUUGAGCACUAACUACUUGCAACAAGCUAACCGACACGCAGGCACACGAACGAGAAUAAGCCGCUUAUUGGAGCCCAGAAAACAAUGUUGCUUCCCGUCUUCUUUCUGGUUAUUGUAACGGGGCGGCGGCGCUUUGUUUAGGAUGUUUCCGCUACUCGUUAUCUAUUUCGGUCAACCGCGAGCAGGAUUCCGGUGACACAUUCAUGAGUGUAACACGGAGCAGCAGUCGCCAUUGGUCACUGUCAGUUUAGUCGAGAAUUUCUCAUGUUAACACAACGAACGACGCCCUUUAACUGCUGGCUGUGGAGAAAUAUAAUUCAGCCCAAACACACUGGCAGGAAUCAUGGGAAUGUUCCUGCCAGCAGAUGCAGCCCAUUCGGUGCUGAGGCGGCUGCGGAGGGCAAACUUCAUGCUGGAGGAGAUGAAACCGGGUAAUAUCCAGAGGGAGUGCCGAGAGGAGAUCUGUACCUAUGAGGAGGCCCGUGAAGCUUUUGAAAAUGAAGAGAAGACUAAGCGGUUCUGGGAAGAAUAUGUGAGAGAAAGCAGUCCAUCUGGAGGCUUGGAGACGGUCAUUGGCGGAGUCCACUCUCUUUACCUGAUUGUGCCAUUGCUGGUGAUUUUGUUAGUCAUCGCUGUCGUCGCUAUCACCGUGUGGCGCUGCCACUCCCGUAAGCGCUCACAGCACAGCCCCAGCCUGGGACACUCGCAUCACAGUCGAGUUUUAUCAGUGGUCUCCAUGGACCAGUGGGGGAGGGAUUACCACCACGGUGACCAUUCAGAACUCAGCGUCCACAGCAGCCCAGCCUAUCCAGGCUCUGGGAUUACAAUAGGGAGAGGAAGCACAGGAGACCCACCACCAUCUUAUGAGGAGGCUGUGGGUCAUACAGAUGUCCAGAUAGAAACAGAGCCCCCUCCACAGUAUGAGGAUAUAGUGAACACCAGCUCUACCAGAAUCAGCGGUGGUCCCGGGAAGUAAAGGUGUCUUAAUUACCACCAAAACAGAAGUCCUAACCAACACUAAGACCAUCUUAUUGUUAAGCAGUGCUACUACUGCGGUAUCGCCAACCUUCCCCUUUCAACACACAACAAAAACACUCCUUAACUGUCAGGUCAGUGGACUAAUGCAGUCUUUGGUGGUGCCAGCUCAGAAAUUUGCACUAAUCUUUCAUCACUGAGGUAAGAUGAUGGCAAGGAGGAAGUGAUACUGCAAUACCAAAACCAGUCAUGACCUCUGCAUUUCCUUAAGAUGCAUCGAUGUUAUCAGGCUGUAGGAGAUUAUUUUAGUCAGCCAACAUGACAAAUACUGCAUGUGGUGUGAUGGAAAAAUGGUUUUACAGAAUUAAGAACAGCCAUUCUAAGUGUAUACAGGGGUUGGAUUGAUUUAUUGAAGAUUAGUGCCAACAUUUAUAUCUUCUUGGAACAUCUGAUGUUUUGUACAUAUUUUAAUAUCUUUAAUUUCAGCCACAUUGUCAUGUUUGUUUUUCAAUUUAAAAAUUUUUUAUAUUGCAAUGAAUGCCCAAGCUGCUUAAAUCUGCAAUAAUUCAUGUGGAACCAGCAAGCGGUAUAUACAUUCCAAAAAUUAGUCAGAAUUUGGCACAGUUUUAUGACCAUCUGACCCACAUUUAGUUUUUAGUAAUUAGGUCUGAUUUAGUUAGCCAUCCUCUUCAAGAAAGUGUGAAAAACUUUCAGCAAUCCUUUAAGCUCUUUGCUGAAUUGUGAAAAGACAAAACAAUCGGUGAAGACUUGCAGAGCUGAGUGCACCUGUGUGAUCCUUUUUAUAUGAAUAUCAUCUGAUUAUUUUUUAGCAAACAUGUGUAAUGCAGGUUUAAACAGUUGUUUCUAAACUAAAUGCAUUAGUCCAACUUCAUUAUGCUUGAGAAUAUUCUUGAAAUUGAGAAACCAUCAGCUGUUAAAAGGGGACAUGGUGUGUAUAUGUGUGUAUCUAUGGUUAAAUGCAUGCAGCCCGGCCUGUACAGGUAAGGUUGGAACUCUGUCUGCACUAUUUGUUGACGGUCAGGACUUGGUGGUCCAUGUCAGAGCCUGCUUUAACUGUGAACCCUUCUUCCCUCCCUUAUUCCCCUUUAUGUAAAUGUAACACCCGGUGAUGAUUUGAACUUUAUGGUGUGACGCUUUGAUGAGUUGUGCAGUGACUUACACAGGAACGUGUGGUAGAAAGCAGCAGACACAGAAGCUUUAGGAAAAGAGAUAUCAAGGUGAUGGUUCUGUAUUAAAAUUCACUAUGGAUAAACUCCAUGUUUAGCAUGUGCAAUUUGCCUCUAUACUGUAUACGUGUAUAUAUUGUAUGUUUGAAAGUUAAUGAGUUUUUUUUUUUUUUUUUUUUACUGCAUAGGAAUUCAGUGGAUGCAUUGAUAACAAAUGUAACUGUACUACAGUAGGUUGUGAACAAAUGAAGGCACUUUGUGUUAAAGCUUAAAAUAAGUUUAAUGUGUAGAAGGACAGUCUGGUUUUAUGUCAUCAGCACCACUUUGAGCAAAAUUAUGUAAUUUACUGGAAAAAAAAGUGCUCAUCAAUAUGCAGUUUUGCUGUAUACACUACAAAACCAAAAACACCUGUCAAAUCCUCUGACGCUGAUAAAUGUAACAUAUUUCCUGUCUGAACCUCAGACUUUGAGCACUGAUUACUGCUGUAUUUGUGUCUGAGUUGACCUGUUAACCUCAGCACUUGCUAUGACACUGAACAGAGCUGUGCUGGUAGAGGUAGUCACUUUGGUUAGGUCAGUUGUUGUACUGCUACUUACACAAAGCCCUGUUUCUACAAUGCCUUAUCACACAAAAUGUUAUAUAACAUUAAAUGCAAGGGAACUUAUUAUAGAACCCUGACUUGUGGAAAAGCUUGAAUUAACAUUUAUAAUAAAACAUUUAAAAUGUGC